CUCAUCCGUCCAUCACUGCAAAUACCAAUCUCAGCCGUCAAAGACAUGUCAAGUUUUAGAAUCCCGCCGAGUGUCUGGCUUCACGAUCCGACAUGGCAUUAAACUGGAUUUAAAAUCCGAAUUUGGUGUCCGCGAUAUAAAAGGCCAGCCCCAACCAUGGAAGUUGUGGGUACCUUUGAAACAGAAAUUUUAGAGGGAGAGAGAAGAAAAUACCUGUAAAAUCGUUUCAGUCUCACACUGAGCUUCCGAAGAAGCUUUCCUAUCUUCGAAUCUAGCCUUUGAUAUCUUUUGCUUUGGGAACGUGGGCUUCUCUGAGAUCUUGCACUUGAGUCGUAGCUGUUAUGGGAGAGGGAGAUGUGAUAUCUGAGAAUCCUGAGUCUGUUGCAAAUGGAAAUGCUGAGGUGGAGGGUGAAGCUGAGACAAUUAUGGAUAAGAAAGGAGAGCAUCAUGAUGGAGUAAAAGAAAUGGAAGUAGAUAAACAUGAUGAUGGGAAGAUUGAGGCUCAGAAUAUGGAUGUGGACAAAGAUGAUGUCAGCAAAUGCGAGGAAAUUGAUGAAAAUGCUGCAAAAGAGGGAAAGGAAGAAACUGCACCGGACAGAGAAAAGGAAGAAACAGCAGCAGCUAGAGAAAAUGAGGAAACAGCAGGGGGCAGAGAAAAGGAAGAAACAGCAGUGGAUAGAGAAAAGGAAGAAACGGCAGAGGACAGAGAAAAGAAAGACACUGCAGCAGCAGUUGAAAAGGAGGAAAUCAAUUAUGAGGAAAGGGGGGAGAGUGCUGAGGAAGAAACCGGUAAGAUGGAUGAGGAUAAGGUUGAAGAGGAGGCUGAUGGAGUGAAAGAGGAGGAAGAAAAUCAAGAGGAGCCUAGCAAAGAGAGAGAAUCUAAGAAACGUUCGAGAACAAAGAAUAGUGCUGGACAGAAAAAAAAUAAUAAAAAGGUUUCUAAAGAAAAAGAGGAGGAAGAAACAAGAACCCCCUAUGAGAAAAAGGUGAAAGAGCCUAAAACCUCAUCACAUAAAAAGGAGGAGACAAGAGCCUCAGUCGAUAAAAAGGACAAAGAGCCAAAAACCCCUGCAGCUUCUACAAUUGAUCGUCCUAUUCGUGAGCGGAAAUCUGUGGAAAGAUUGGUAGCCACAAUCGAGAAGGAUUCAGCUAGGGAGUUCCAUAUUGCCAAGGGUCGUGGAACUGCGCUAAAAGAUAUUCCAAAUGUGGCAUACAAGUUAUCGAGAAAGAAGACUGAUGAUACUUUCAAGUUGUUGCAUACAAUUCUUUUUGGAAGAAGAGGAAAGGCUGCUCAAGUCAAAACCAACAUAUCAAGAUUCUCUGGAUUUGUUUGGAAUGAUAAUGAGGAAAAGCAAAUGACUAAAAUCAAAGAGAAACUCGACAAGUGUUUCAAGGAGAAGCUGGUGGAGUUCUGUGAUGUCCUUGAUAUACCCAUUUCCAAGGCUAAUUCGAGGAAGGAAGAUAUUAUUUCUAAGUUGAUGAAAUUUUUGGUGGAACCUCAUGCAACAACCUCCGAAUUACUUGCUGAUAAAGUGCAGGAACAAUCAAGUAAGGGUAAAAAGAGAAAGAGGGUAAGCAAGUCGUCUGGGAGUAGUACGCCAUCAAAAGGCUCAGCUAAGAGUCAUAAGAAAACUGGCAGUGCCUCUAAAAAGGCUGCUGAGGCAAAAGGCACACCUCCUGAGUCAGAAGAUGAAUCAGCAGAAGAGAAAGAUGACGGACAUGAAGAGGAAGGUGUAAAUGGUUUUCCAGAAAGAUCAGAGGAUGAGAUGUCUGAACAAUCUGUGAGCGAGGAGAAAGAAAGUGAAUCUGAGAAGAAAGAAAGUGAAUCUGAGAAGGAAUCUGAUGAUGACAAAGGAAAGCAGAAGCAACGAUUGUCAAAGUCUCCUGCAAAGAAAGGAUCUGUUAGUAAAACCAAAUCCCAGAAAACAACAACCUCUAAGAAGGCCAGCUCCCCGCCAAAAAAAGUAACUGCCAAAUCAAAAAGCAUUAGUAACAGUAGUGAUAAGAAACCUUCUAAUAAGAAGAAAGAUGAAUCAGACAAGAAGUUGUCAGCUCCGAAGAAGUCAGCUGUUAAGGAGAGCCCUGGGAAGAAGGUUCUCAAAGUCAAAGAUAAGCUCAAUGAGGAGAAAUUAAAGCCAAGCGAUGAUAAACUCAGGGAUGCAAUUUGUGAACUCCUUAAGGAGGUUGAUUUCAAUACGGCUACCUUUACUGACAUUCUGAAGCAACUAGCCCAGCAAUUCAAUACAGACCUCGCACCAAGAAAAUCAUCAGUAAAGCUCAUGAUUCAGGAGGAGCUCACAAAACUAGCUGAUGCUGAUGAGGCGAACGGGGAAGAAGAUGAUGGUGUCGGUGAUGCUGAGAAGAAAAACAAGGCUUCCACCCAAGGUGUGAAGGUCUAGCAACCUUGCUACUAAAUACUAGUAUAACCCUAUCAUGUUAAAAAGUUUCAUCAUUUUCUCCUCCUUAAUUUAUUUUUCUCCUGCUACUCUAUUUAGCAUAAUCUUAUUUUGCUUGGUGAAGGCAGCUGCAAUUUAGUGUUAGUUGUUAUUACUGGCCAACUCUUACUACCCUAGCUAUUCCUAGAGGUAAAGCUGCAGCCUGUCAUGUAAUAUUAGUAUACACACACAAAGUUGUAGAUUUUCUUUUCCAUUCUCCUUUACUGAUCCAACUUCUAUAAGUGCUUUUCUCAGGUACCAUACCUCACUGGACCAUUCAUUUACUCCUUAGGUAUGCUAUGUAUUUGAGAUAUUUGUAUCACAAGUGGUAGGUGGAAUGUUUAUAUAAGAAAAUUGAUAAAUAUAUAUUUUAAAUUAAUGUGUGAUACACACCAAUUGCGAUGA